GCAGCUGAGAGUCCAGAAGAGCAGGGAAGGCUGGGCUUGACAGUCUCAACUCUCCUCUUGUGUGUGUGUGAACUUCAAGGAGAAAGUGAACAGAGGGCCUUUUGGCGGACCGGGGAAUAGUCGUGAGAAUUGUGGAGAUGGGAGUAGAAGAUACGACCUGUUAAGAACUGGAGUCUGUUUUGAAGUUGGGAAGACAAAAUAUCCAAAGUGAAGAAAUCAUGGGAGCUGAAGAAGAAAUGCUCAUCACUCUGUCUGGAGGUGCCCCCUGGGGCUUCCGGCUGCAAGGGGGUUCAGAGCAGAAAAGACCCCUUCAAGUGUCAAAGAUCCGAAAGAGAAGCAAAGCGUGCCGUGGAGGCCUGUGGGAAAAUGAUGUGCUAGUAUCUAUCAACGGGAAAUCAUGUGCUGGCCUCUCCCAUGCAACUGCCAUGCAGAUCAUCGACUCCUCCAAUGGCAUGCUUAACAUCCGUGUGAAAAGGAUAGUUGGUGGGGACCAGACCGGCCCACGGCUCCAGCGCUCCCCUUCUCCAGGGCAGCGAGUGCUCUCCCCGCCAUCCCCACUCAGCCCCCCAGUGCAGCUAAGGAACCUGGAGAGCCUCACCUCCCCGCCGGACAGUGAGGCCUACUAUGGCGAGACAGACAGUGAUGCUGACAAUGUGGCUCAGGAGAAGCACCGCCGGGCUCGCAAGAAGACCCCACGCUCCCCGCCCGACAGCACCACCAGCAAGGUGGAUGCGCCUCAGGAUGAGGUGUCCCUGUCGGAACAGAGUGGCUACAAGAGGGCUGCUGCGCAGGGGGGACCUGAGGUGGCCAGCUCCGGAGGGGUGGCCAAGAGGGAGAUUACCUGCCUGCCUGGCAGCCGCACCGACACGCCAUUCUCGGAAAGUGAGGGACAGUUGCAGCCACCGUCAGCAGAGGGACGGGAGCCUUCUCCAGAGGCGAUGCUCCUGCCCCAUGCAACCAAGGCUAUCCGAGCAGAACGCCAUCUCAUCCCCAUGGUGGGGCCAGUGGAGCACCCAGUUGACGAAGACCUGACCACCACAUAUGCAGAGAAAGCCAAGCAGGCCA